CCCAACAUAACGGGGUAGGCUCUUCUCCCCCACCUCUCAGUGAUCACCAGUAGUGCCAUUCCCCAAUCCACACCUCAACCGCCCAGCUUCCAUGGCUCGGAGCAACCCGGGGCUUCUCCUGGGGCUCCUGCUGCUGCGGCUCACCUGGUGCGUGGCCGUGGAUGGCGGAGGCGUGGAGGAAGGGGGCUUCGUGUUUCCGGUGGUGGUGAGCACCUGGCCGUUCCGGGAGGCGGUCAGGGCGGCGUGGGACGUGGUGAAAACCGGUGGCGCAGGGGGCUCGGCUGUGGAUGCUGUCGUCGCUGGCUGCUCCGCCUGCGAGGAGCUCCGCUGCGAUGGCACAGUUGGUCCAGGUGGAAGUCCAGAUGAGAACGGUGAAACUACCUUAGAUGCUCUUAUCAUGAAUGGGAAGACAAUGGAAAUUGGAGCUGUGGCUGCCAUGAGAUAUGUGAAGGAUGCAAUUAUGGCAGCAAAGUUGGUCAUGGAGCAUACCGGGCAUACUCUUCUUGUUGGAGAGAAGGCGACAUCCUUUGCAAUUUCAAUGGGUCUUGCAGGACCAACUGACCUGAGUUCACCAGAGUCAAUUGAGAAAUGGUCAAAUUGGAGACAGAAUAAUUGCCAACCUAACUUUUGGAAAAAUGUUGCUCCUGCUGGCAACUGUGGUCCAUACCAUCCUAUAAAUAUACCUAAGGACCCUGUUAAAAGUGCUGUAUGGGAGGAUCAAGGAAUCACCUGUCAGGAAUGGCUCCAAAAUGAUAAUUUACUAGAACCGACAAGCUCCCAUUUCAACUCUGUUAAUCGCCACAACCAUGACACAAUCUCUAUGGCCGUCAUUGACAAGAUGGGUCAUGUAGCAGUUGGCACAUCAACUAAUGGUGCUACGUUCAAAAUUCCAGGAAGGGUAGGUGAUGGACCAAUACCAGGAUCUUCUGCAUAUGGUGAUGACGAAGUUGGGGCUUGUGGAGCUACUGGUGAUGGUGAUAUUAUGAUGCGCUUCCUUCCGUGUUAUCAAGUAGUGGAGAGCAUGCGACUUGGAAUGGAGCCUCGAGAUGCUGCCGUGGAUGCUAUAUCAAGAAUUGCUCGAGAUGAAUGCGUGUCGCUUCGGGUCGCGAUCAUGUUUGCACGAAAUGAAUGUGUGCAAGCCACCAGGACAGGAAAGAAACUUGGAUAAUAAACCCAUAAAUAAGAGCAUUGCUGUUUCACUACAUGCAUUUUGUUAGAAAAUCGGCUCCCAGUUGCAUUGUUUGCGUGAUGGUGCCUGGCCCGUUACCGCGCCCCCCGAGCUUCCGAGGGGCCACCCACUCUUUCUCAGGGAACAACUGGAAUAAUGGUACUGUUGUGGAUUGCUUAUCCGGAGAGAGGUCCCCGUCGACGCUAUGGGACACAUGGAUCAAACAGGGCACAUACACACAAAGUACGGAAAAUACCACAUGACAACCGUUCGAAAUGAUUUGAACGGGGUGACUAGUCAUUUUUCUCCGUUUUCCGUGUGUUAAGCUGGAUGAGGGUGACCGUAGUCGUCGCUUGCAUACACCGUCAUGGCAGGACCACAAACAAAACCCACCCUGUACCAGCACCAUCAAGUGGACUUGGAAAAUAGUUAUCCACAUCUACUGCGAAAUAAGCACUCGGUUGAAAAACUAAUCUUUAGCAGUAGGUGCCACAUAAGGAGACUAUUAAUCCUCUCGAGACCGACCCGUCUCUGCGGUUCGUUGGUGCGAAAGCUCCGCCGUAGCCUGAUAGCUAGGACCCCCGGCCACGUCCUUGGUCGUCGUCGUGAGAAAUAAAGAUCUCUCUAGCUCUGCCCCGUUGUGUAACAUGCACCCGCAAGGCGGAGCAACAAGUUGAUAAACGCACUGAGAGCAAUCAUUAGAGGCAGGGGGUGUAAACUAAGCGCCAUCAACAGGGUAGAGAUAAGAGAGCGUCUUCUUCGCCGAAAAGAAGGCUAUAUAUGCAAGCAACCCCCCAGCUGCAGCUCCACAAGGCAAAGCAACAGCACUUGCCCAAGCAACGCAACGAAGAAAGCUACCUCGCCCGUGGAGUAGCUUGGGAGCACACGGCGACCCAGUUGCUGCUAUCUUGCUCCGUGGAGAAGCGAGGGAAAGGGAGGGAGGCCUGCAAAGCCGCGGCAAGUGCCGAGAAGCCUGGGCGAGGAGAGAUUUGGCGGGCGAGAGGCGAGGGCGUGGAGCUGGUCGAGCAGG